AAUGGUUGCUGAGAGCAACGAGCAGCAGCAGCAACAACAACAACAAUAAUGGCCAAAGCAAAACGAGUCAAGCAGCGGCAGCAACAACAACGACAGUCGCGUUCUGAGCAGCGCUUAAAAUGCAAGAAAAAAAAUAACAUAAAGCGCGCAAAAGGGAAAAUCAGCGUUUAAAUUGCUUAAAUUAGACAGUAAAUAGUGUUUAAUUAGCUUAAUCAAAGCAACUAGCAGCUCCCAUAGGGGGGCUUAAACCAAAGACCCAACCAUCAACCGGGCUCAUCAUCAUCAGACGCCAGUCGCCACAGCAUGAAGUGUGGACACCGCCCAAUUGCCAGCUGGCAUCCCGCAUCAAUUUCCCUGCUGGCCAUGUGUCUGCUGCAAAGUUGUUGUUGUGUAUCCAUGCAGGAACUGCCAGAGACUCGGAUGGGGAUGGGAAUGAAGGUGGAGUUGCAGUUGGAGGAGCCUGUUUAUUAUUAUGUAGGCUGUUUUACGGCUCGAACGGAUCUGCUUAAGGAAUCGCUGUACGCCAAGGCGCCUCAAGCCUGCAUCGAGAUCUGUGAGCACCAAGGACACAGAUACGCGGUGCUGGCGGCGGAGAAAUGCUUUUGUGCCAAUCAACUGGAGCCGCAGGAGAAGCAGGACGAGCAACUGUGUCACACCCGCUGUCUGGCGAACAAGGCACAGUAUUGUGGAGGCGUUGGUGUCCACUCGUACUACUCUACUACGCUGCUGAAGCAACCGGCGCCACAUCAUCUGCGGGUGGUCAACACCACAGAGAACAGCCUAAGCCUCGCCUGGGAUGCCUAUGAGUCCACCAAAAUGCUGUUGGCCGGCGGUGCAGAUCCUCUGGCACCGCACACACCGCAAAUUGCCAACAUUCGCAUCAAGUGUCAAGUGGUGGACACCUAUUCCACAUUGCCCACAUUCCAGCAGCCCGAAUUCAUAGUGCAAAGCACGGAGACACGUUUCGAGCUCACCGAUCUCCAGCCGGCGACUCUCUACAAUGUCAGCGUUAUCGCCAUUUGCGAUCUGCCACAGCGGGAGCAGAAGGAAUGUGGCAUUGCCACACUGAUGGCCAGAACCGAGGUGGGUCUGCCCAGUCCAGCUCCCAUGCAGCCCAGGAUUCUCUCACGCACGGAUAACACCAUAACCGUGGAGUUGUCCCCUGUGCACAACAACAAUGGACCCGUCUCCCACUUGCUCAUCAUUGUCGAGUUCGUGGAUGACUCGCUGAGUCGACCCUUCGAUGCACAGCUGCUGGGCAGCUGGCAGCAAUCCCAACAGAAUAGCGUUCCCUUUUACAUUGCCGCCGAGCUGGACUACGAUCGACCGGAGGACAAUCGCCAGAGGCACUUUGUCAUCGGCGAUGGCAAACGAUAUGGCAGAUACCGCAAUGUGCCGUUGGAGCCACUAUCUGGAGAUCAACAGAAGGAGAAGGAGGUCCAUGUGCACAUCAGCUUGGGCGUGGUGAGCACACUGCAGAACAUUACAAAGACGCUGUACACGAGAAGCAAUCAUGAGCAACAUGCCAGUUCCCUGGACGACUUUAGUUAUGCCACAUUCGACAAGGGACAAUCUUCGGUGGUGGCCUUGGCUGUCACCUGUGUGAUCUUUGGAAGCUGCCUGCUGCUCAGCCUCAUCACCUACUUCUAUCUGCGCUACAAGACCUGCCACAGUCGAGGCUUGUCUGUCCGUGGACGCAAUGCCCACGAGAUGACGCAACAGACGCCGAUCAUUGAGCGGGAGAACAAUGGUUAUCUAAUGGAGGAUGAGCUGCCUCCCACGCUGGAGAGUUUUAAGAAGCGGUUGCAGACAAUGGUUGAGGGAUUGGAACGAUUGCCUCGCAAUGCAUUACGUUUGAAUGCCAACGAUGUGAUUGGAGAGGGACGCUAUGGUGAGAUUAUCACGGGCAGACUCAUCUCAGGGGAAGUCGUCAAGGAUUGCGCCCUCCAUGUGCUUGCCCUGGACGAUCUAAGUGCUCCGACGCAGGCUCAACUAUUGCGAGAGCUGCGACAAUUGAAGCAAUUGCAACGACAUGAAUUAAUCCUGGAGUUCUAUGGGAUUUCGGCCAGUGCUGAUUGGUUCUAUCUCGUCUUUGAGCUGCAACGCGUCAGUCUGAAGCGACGACUGAUCGAGAGUCGUCUGGCAACGCCGGCUGCACGUCUGACCACGCUCACGGAGCAACUGGUGCUCCAGUGGAUGUACGAGCUGUCCAGUGCCAUGUCGUAUCUGGGUAGCUGUCAGGUGAUCCAUCGCCAACUGUCCGGCUACAGUGUCUAUGUGAGCGCCGACUCCAAGUUGAAGCUGUGCGUCCUUGGACCAUUGCACUAUGUGAAUGACAAUGGCCAGCAGCUGGAUCUUUGCCGCUGGCUGGCGCCGGAAGUGUUGCGUCAUCAGCAUCAUACCACGGCCAAGUCGGAUGUGUGGUCCUUUGCCUGCGUCGCCUGGGAGUGUUGUGCUCUGGGCGGAACGCCCUAUGCGAAUGUCGCCAGUAGCCAGCAGCUACUCGAGGCUCUUCGUGCUGGUGUGCGUCCCGCUCAGCCCGCCUAUGUCUAUGGCGAUCUUUACCAGCUGCUCCUCAACUGCUGGCAGCUGGAGCCCAGCGAACGCAUUGGCUUCGAGGAUGUGGCCUUUGGUGUCCGACAACUGAUGACUUCGCCUCGACACGCCCUGUGCUUUGAUCGCUCCACAUCCGACACUCUGGAGACGCUGCCAUUGUAUCUACCAAUGCUCGAGACGCAGAUUUAACUUGGAAAAUAGAAAGCCGACUCGACGACACAAAUAUCCUUUAGUUUUAUUCCUUUUAAUUUACAACACCUUCACAUACCGCAAUUGUUUGACGCAAUUGUUUUGACAAAGAAAGUAAUUGAAAAAAUAAACAAUUGUUUCUUAAAAACAAUAACUUGCCUAACGUUUAUAUCUUAAAGUUUUCCAGGCAGAGCAAUAAACGCUUUUGUUGUUGUGUUUAUUGCUGUGUUGACCAUUUGUAGUUUUCCUAAGUAUUUCUUUUUAUCAAAACUUGUUAACAGCAACCAACAAAUAAAUCUGUCAUAUUGAAUCGACAGAUGUCAUAUUUAAAUACAA